AUGAUUUGUGCUAUGACGGAGGAAUUUCACGAUGCUGUCAUAAAAUACAAAAAGAUGCGAGCACGUUUUGAUCAACGGCAAAAACUAAAAAACGAAUAUGAAUUACUGAUUAAAUUCGAUGAACAUACAUAUGAAUUGUUUGGAUUAUAUCAGCAAGCAAUAGUUGGUGACAUAAAUGUGCCGAAAAUAAAUUAUCGCGAUCCAAAUGAAAUGUCGUAUAUGUGGUCAUGGAUUAAGGGAAAUCGUAAAUGGCAUGCAUGGAAUAAGUGCAAAGGUUAA